AUAUACAAAUAAUAAGUUUAUUUCCCUUUUUUCCCUUACAUUGAAUUCACAUGCAUCACCAUUUUCCUAAAACACUGCCAAAAUGAACCAAGCUGUGAUGGUAGAGUUGUGUUAUAUCAGUCAUUUAUUUAAUUCACACAGAAAACAAAUACAUUAAUUUAUACAAAUAACACAUUGUAGGAAAUAAGUGUGAAUCAGAUCAGCGGUGUGGUCCAUUGGUUAAAGAAAAGGGCUUGUAACCAGGAGGUCCCCGAUUCAAAUCCCACCUCAGCCACUGACUCAUUGUGUGACCCUGAGCGAGUCACUUAACCUCCUUGUGCUCCGUCUUUCGGGUGAGAUGUAAUUUUAAGUGACUCUGUAGCUGAUGCAUAGUUCACACACCCUAGUCUCUGUAAGUCGCCUUGGAUAAAGGCGUCUGCUAAAUAAACAAAUAAUAAUAAUAAGUAGGAUAUAUUAGAAGCAUAGCCUCGAAAAGCUGAAUUUCUCAGUAUAUCCAUAUGAAUGGGCAGUCGUGUAGAAAACUACACAAACAAGCUGAAUUUCAUAGAGUGCAUACAGGACGCUGUGGAGGAUGACCACUUGCUUGUAAAAAAAAAUCUACUGCUGCCUUCCGACAGACGCAGCCAAGGACAUGAACAGAUAUGAAAAAUCUGUGGAAGAGGGUUACAGUUGAGACGGGCAACGCUGUCUCAAAACAAAGACAGCAGCAUUCGUCCGGAGAGCCUACACAACAGUCAGUGGUAUCCAACUGGCAACAGUUGAAGGUGUAAUUGCAUCUCUUUUAAAAGCCACUACCAAAGUACACGUACGUGAAUUAUGAAGUAUAGUUAAAUGUUGAGGGAUGGAUCAUACAUGGUUUAUCUAUAUUAAUUUCUCAGUUUAGUGACAAGAGUGCUAUCAGCUGGGGAUUGGCUGAGGAGUUGGGUUCAGUGUUCUUAGCACUGCCAGACCCAGGAGUUGAAAUAGUCAGUGUUCAUGUGGUGCAGAGGAGGCCACAUCAAUGAAGUGUUGCUGUUGCUUUAAUGUGCUUGUUUACCUGGGAAGAAACAAGACUGCCAGAGCCGUGCUGCAGAUAUCCUGCUGACAAUCCCUGAAAAAUUAGUUCAGAAGACAAUACUGGAUUAUCCUUGUGAAAGAGAAGAUUCAAUGAUGGAGCCUGUCCAUAUUAAAGAUGAGAGUCCUGUACUAGAAUCAGUCCAUAUUAAAGAGGAGAGACCUGCACUAGAAUCAGUCCAUAUUAAAGAGGAGAGUCCUGUACUAGAAUCAGUCCAUAUUAAAGAGGAGAGUCCUGCACUAGAAUCAGUCCAUAUUAAAGAGGAGAGUCCUGUACUAGAAUCAGUCCAGAUUAAAGAGGAGAGUCCUGUACUAGAAUCAGUCCAUAUUAAAGAGGAGAGUCCUGUACUAGAAUCAGUCCAGAUUAAAGAGGAGAGUCCUGUACUAGAAUCAGUCCAUAUUAAAGAGGAGAGUCCUGUACUAGAAUCAGUCUAUAUUAAAGAGGAGAGUCCUGAACUAGACACUGUCCACAUUAAAGAGGAGCUUCCUGAACUAGACCCUGUCCAUGUUGAAGAGGAGGGUCACCAUUUUAAAACAAGCAGCUUGCAGGGCUCUCUGUCCUGUACAGAAUGUGGAAAGAGUUUCAGUCAGUUACAAGACCUGAAACUUCCCCAGCGAAACCACACUGGAGAGAAACGGCAUGUCUGUGCUGACUGUGGGAAGAGUUUCAGUAAGUCAACCAACUUGAAAAUGCACCAGCGAAUUCACACAGGAGAGAAACCACAUGUCUGUUGUGACUGUGGGAAAAGUUUCAGUCAGUCAAGCAACUUGAAAAUGCACCAGCAAAUUCACACUGGAGAGAAACAACUUGUCUGUGCUGACUGUGGGAAGAGUUUCACUAGAUUAGGAGAUCUUAAACACCACCAGCGAAUUCACACAGGAGAGAAACCACAUGUCUGUGCUGACUGUGGGAAGAGUUUCAGUCUGUUAAGCAAUUUCAAAAUACACCAGCGAAUUCACACUGGAGAGAAACCAAAUGUCUGUGCAGAGUGUGGGAAGAGUUUCAGGACACUGGGACAUCUUAAAGACCACCAGCGAAUUCAUACUGGAGAGAAACCAAAUGUCUGUGGUGAUUGUGGGAAGAGUUUCAGACAGUCAGGCAACUUGAAAAUGCACCAGCGAAUUCACACAGGAGAGAAACCAUAUGUCUGCGCUGACUGUGGGAAGAGUUUUGCUAAGUCAAGCCAUUUGAAAAUACACCAGCAAAUCCACACUGGAGAGAAACGACAUGUCUGUGGUGAUUGUGGGAAGAGUUUCAAAUGGAUAUACAGCUUGUGAAUACACCAGCGAUUCCACACGGGAGUGAAUCCUUAUCACUGCUCUCACUGUGGGAAGUCUUUUACUGCUUCCAGUUCUCUUAAAAGGCACAAAUGCAAGCUGUGAAAGUUUAGUCAGAAUGUGAGUGUGUGUUCAUUCACCCGCACUCAGAAAUUCCAGUCUUUUUAAACAGCAGCUUAAUAUAACAACUGUGAGAACUCUGGUGAGGGAGAAAUUCAUAUUUGUAAUUGAAUGGUCUUUGUAAAAUGACAUUUGAAAUCUUAAACUAUGAGGCUUAAGAUGCUGUGAUGUUAAUUAAGUGUGUCUUCCCCCAACCUUCUCCCAUAACAUUCGAGAUCUGCUUCAAAGGACUGGAUAUUAGUAACAGAGGGUCAUAAAGAUUUAAAUUGGUUUCAGUUCAGAUUACCUGCCAGUCUGGUCUAAACAAACAGAGCUGAUUCCUAUCUGUUAAUUAAGAAUGUCUGUCUGAAAACUAGUGUACAAUUUUCUUCUUAUAAAGGGUUAAGAAUUGCGACACCUGGUGGAUACAGUGUGAAGUAGUGCUUAAGGCUCUGGACUCUUGACCAGAGGGUCGUGGGUUCAAUCCCAGGUGUGGGACACUGCUGCUGUACCCUUGAGCAAGGUACUUUACCUAGAUUGCUCCAGUAAAAACCCAACUGUAUAAAUGGGGAAUUGUAUGUAAAAAUAAUGAAAUAAAUAAUAAUAAUAAUAAUAAAAUAUCCCUUUGAACUAGCUUUAAAACAUAGCUUGUCAUAAUUCCAACAAAUGUCUGUUUAACUCUUCCUAACAUAAUAAACUGCAUCGGAAUGAGAAUAACAAGCUGUUUUAAUCAGUAAGAAGGGUUUCUAUUAGCAUGAUUAGCAAGCUGUGUGUUAAUCGUGUUCAACUUCAAGAGUGAGAGAAAUAAUCUGAGUAAACCCUAUCUGUGUGACACUGAAUUCAUUUCAUGAAGUGUCUGAAGAGACCAGAAGACUCUGCCAGUGUAUUUUGUGAGGGACACCAAUUACAAAACAUGAGCCUCGUUUUAUUAUUAAGUUUCUUUUUAGUUCUAUUUUAACGUUAUGCUUGAGUUUUUAAAAGUUGUAUUUAACUUCCAAUGACACACAAACCCAGAAUAUGAAAAUGAAGGAGUUGUUUCAGUAAAUAUCAAUGCAUCACAUCUGUGUCAAAGAACAGGAAAGCAUCUAAACAAAAGAGUUCAAUGUAGAAUGUGGAAUGUGGGUGUUUGAAACUAAUAAAUGGUAAACGUUGUUCAGAUUUGAAA